AUGAGACCUUCCUCGGUGGCAAGUCAGAUCGAAAUCUCUCCUCAGCACCCGCAAGAUCCAACGCCGACCACUCCAACCUUGCUUAAUGCCGACGAAUUGUACCCCUUGCCUCAUGCGUACGGAUCCGAGGACACUAAAUCUCCAGAGAUCACGUUUGAUGCGUUUGCGACGGAGCUGCACCUUCAUAGACUCCAGGAAAGCAGGAUUGAUAUAUUGAAGCAGCAGCAAAGAACAUUACAAAGGGCUCUAGCCUUGUCUGCGAGGCUUUCAAGAACACUAGAUCAAGUGCAAGCUGGUUUGGUGGAAACACUGAAGAAUGGCGAUAGAACCGGCUUUGCAAAUGCAUACCAUACGACUGUGGAUCUCAAGGACGCCUGUAGUAACUUUUGGAAUCGAGGCAUUCGGUCCAUCGACCCUCAUGGCGAGGACAGGACCUUAUCAUCAACACAGGAGCCGGACUCCCUUUCUUUCAUGGAUAAGCUACCUGCUGGCUCGCGUGCAGAUGUCCUGGACUUUGUUCAUCUACUUCGUACUAAUUCUUCGUUUCUGGUUGAUCGCAUAAAACGCCUGAAUCCAAGCCAGGUGUCAGCUUUGGCCAGCUCUCCCAAGAUGCACGUACCCAGGGACUCAAUUUUCUCUUCUUUGGCCCGUGGAACAAGCCAAGCGUCCCAACAGAAACGCAAUGCAGCCUUUUCCAAUUCUUUGAAGGACACCGCCUGGUCAUUGGAAAGGACCACUCCGGUAUCAGCCCUGCUGUUUAACGUGUACUCGGCAUUUGCAAAUCCUGGUUCCAAUGAUUAUGUGAUUCGUUUGGAUACUUGGUCGUCGACCUGUGCAGAUCUUUAUUCUCAUUCUGAUCAGGCGUACCAUUAUCUUCUAAAUGAGGUCUUGAACGGGUUUGCCUCGCUUCACGAGUGGAGAGCAAAACCAAGGAUUGAGCUUUUCUUGAUGAAUUUGUUGCAGACAGGAGCCUUCCUGUUGGAGCCCGUAGAAGACAAUGUCAGCUCGAAUGACUUCCGUUUUCCGGUAUCUGACCCUCUCCGUACCGAGGAAGCCGAGGAAUUCUUUGACACCGCUGUGCGGGAACUGUUUGCAAUACUUGCUGAUGGUGAUGGCGGCCUACCAUUUGGUGCUCUCCAUUUCGGUUCUGCUAUCCUUGGGAAACUGACCAGACCUGAGCACCAAAGCUCAUUUCGGGGAUUCUUAUUUUAUUCAUGGUACUUUUGUGAAUUCCUCUUUUCCGCAUUAACCAUGCCCGAGACGAAAGGAAUGUUGCUGCAUUACCAUGUUAGCAAAAGUGCAAGAGACAAUAUACUGAAGGAAAUUGCAAUUCGAGCUCAAUCGAGAGUCGCCGAAUUUCUAGACCCAAUGUUGAAUCCCACUCCUUUGCUACCAACAAUGCGAUCGCAGCUUGAACAGAUGGUAUCUUGUCUCAUCGGGAUAACGAUCGAGUGCCCAAACCACAUUCCAAAAAACUGUGGCGUUAGCAACCCAUGCUCUGAACCGGUUGUGCUGUAUCCUGGCUGCCUAACCCUGUCCAUUUCUGAUGUCUUACUGCUAAUUGACAUGUUGGUACCUCAGCCACCGCCAAAUCCUACUACAUGGGACCCAUUCUUGCACUCGAGUGCUACCGCAUUUGCAGCCCAGUACCGGCAAGGUCUUCCACCUCUAUCCAAAAUCUUCCCAUCAGAACAACCAAAUGCUCCUGGCCUUAUACAAAACUCUUUAACCAUCAAUCAUUCGUCUGCAACGGCUCUUGUCCGGAAGUUCGAUCAAGUACGGCGUGAUCUUCACGCCGUCAUGGAACGAAGCGCGGUUUACCCUUUGCCGCAUCCAAGUCAAGACCUGUGGACGGUUCUAGAACUUGACAAAAAUGGGUAUCCUGCAGUUUGCAGAUUGCCAGGACAGUCCCAUGACUGCGGCAGCGCUUCCAAAGUCUUUAAAUCAUCAUCAGAGAUUGAGCGAUACCCCCAGCUCGCCUCUCGGAAACUAGACGAUGUGCAACGUGCUUCUUUGAGGUUAAUUGAUGAACAUGACACUCCUCUCAGCACGCCAAGAUUCAAUUCUGGGACGGAUAAAGCCUCUCAAAUAAAAGAGUCCCUUGAACGACUAUUUGCUGUCGAGCUUGAAUUUGCAGAAGCAAACGCUGAUAGUAGGAAUGUGCGAUACUGGUGGACAGCUUUAAGGACACUUCGUACACAGUACCCGCUUAGUGUGUUAACAGAGAAUGACACCAGGGUUUUGCGACCGAUCUUGACCAUGUCCAGACAAAACCAUUAUAAAGUCCAGCAGGAGACGCAAAUAGUGGAAACUAGUCUGCGCCAUCUAGAAGAUGCCUCCGAAAAAAUGUCUGCGAUAACGUCAGAUGUACUGGGCCGCUUGGACAGACUACGGGACAAAAUGUGGUAUUUGGCAGACGUUACCAACUCUAGUAUCUACGAGGUCACAAGGAACGUUGCACAGGCGCUGAGAAAUAUGGCUGCUCCCGGCUCGACACUGAAUCAAUCCUCGGCUGCAUCUAUCCGUGGCAGAAAGAAACCCAGAUCUCUUGCAGAAUCCAUUUUGCAAGAGCCCGAAGCGCAAACGAUCAGCAUCAUGAAAGCACCCCUCGAACAAGGAGGUCCGAAGAAGCUUGCGGACGAGCAGGUCGACAUGACAAGAAAGUGGUUUCAACGUUCUGGUGUCGACAACUUUUGCAGGGGAGAAGAGCGGAUCCACCGAUUCUGUAUGGAAAUCAGAAUGGCCGCCAGCAGACUCGUUGGAGAAUCUAUGCUAGAGAGUCCAGUACUUUGGUCGAGCGAGCUGUAUUUCCGCCAACGCACAUUCGUGGACGGACUCGUUACCCGGUCAAUGCCAGCUUCAAGUGUGACAAGGCCUUCUAGCAUCCUUAGCGAAGAAGGCCAUACCAGCUACACGCAGACGCACCACAGCUUGCGUGGCAUUGAAACUGCUUCUCGACCGCAACCAUUUGACACGCAGAGCUCCCCAGGCCGAAAAAGCUCAUUCCACAGUUUGGGUUCUGACAGAUGGAGGACAAUAAGGGAUCUCCAUGGCGGGGCUGGAGAUGUGCUAUCCAUCGCUGACUCCCCCAGUCGAGCUGUAUCAGCUACUACAGCAGACUCGAUCAAUUCUUUCUGGUCACCACUACCUACGCAGCCUCAGUCAGCAGCAAGUGUAUCAAGUCUACCAUCGCGACCUCCUUCCUUUGUCCAUGAUUCUUCUAGUCCACGGCUAGUUGAUCAAAUCAGUCCUCGUAAAGUAAAGUUUUUUGAGGAAUUGCGACAGAGAGUGAUUAGCUUGCUGCUGAGUGACCUUGGAUCUCCCGUGUGGAGCUGCGGUAGCGAAACGGACACCUGGCUUGCCGACAUGCUCAGACAGGAUCCGGUUCGAUGGCAGCUAAGAAAGCGUAAAGGCAUAGAAAGAUUGCUGGGAAGUGAGAAUGGGACCAAUUCUAGGUAUACCCAGGGCGUUGGGCUUACGAAGAGUACCUUGAAAUCGCGCAGAAGCAUGUCAGCAGGACCGUUCCUCGCCGGGAUCCAGCAUUCUCACCAAGAACUACCAGUCUCGAACGACGAUGUCGGAGCCGAGCCUCACAAUCCACAACCGGUUCUUGCACCGCUUCAGAGGUUCUCAUAUCCCAAUGCGUACGAAGACCUGAUGAAGCGGUUCUCAAGGCAAGCAGAUCCGAUGUUGAAGCUCGAUAUCCUGCACGAUUUAAAAUCCCUUGUCGUGUCUUCCAUUCGGGAGAGGCAGGGAAAUAUACAUCCUCCUGGUAGUGCAAGUUCAACCGAAACGCACGCCACAUGGAAGUUUGCAGAAUCCGCACCAUCAAGCCGCCGCAGCAGUUUGGCUGAAGCAAUCCUCUCUGGUCCGGCAUCAGCCUCCCGGCACCGGUUAGAUGAUGCCAAAUGCGUCGAGGCCCAGGUUUCACAGCCAGUAGAUCAGUCAAUAGGUGAGAGGGAAGUAGUAAAUGAGAUCAAGCUGGUUCUUAUGACAAUGAGGCCUAAGACGCUAUUUCGUGAUCUUCAGUUCAUCACUGCUUUUAUUCCUCCGGAGAUACUGAACAAGACACCCGGUGGCAGGGCAUUUUUGCAUGUCGGCCUCGCCGCCCUGGCAUUCAAAGACGAUGUGUGCCGGAGUCUUGUGGCGGUUGCAGACAAAAUCAUGGUCAACGACAAUGUAAAAAGGAAGUCGCCGCCUCCUGGAAGCACAGAAUACUCACCUCGGGAUGCUGCUCAAAUGUGGAUUUUAGCGGCCAAGGAAGGCAAUGCUACCGCACAGCGGGAGCUUGCAAUCCUCUAUCUGAGCAACCCGGAGCUUCUCCCUUCUGUCAGCUUACCCUUGACGGCUCCCCGUGACAUCUUCAAGAUCGAUAUGAAGUAUUGGCAGGCCGACGGCUCGAGCAGACGCAGCUCGCAGUCGAUGUGCUUGGCUCUGCAUUGGAUGCAACUAGCAGCGAGCAACGGCGACGCUAUUGCCAAGAAGAGACUGAAGGAACGAGAGGCUGAGGACUCGGUUCGGUGA